AAUAUUAGAAAUAGAAUUUUAGCGAAGUAGAAAGAAAGUUGGGGGUUGACAGAGAAAGGAAAGGAUUAGGGGAUAGUGGCAAGCGAGGAAGGAAGUGAAGUUUCAAGGUUGACGCAAAGAAUUGAAUUGAAGUGAUAAGUAUUAUAUAGCAUGCAAAGAAAAUGGUAAGGUAAGGUAAGAUCGAUAGCAGAAAAGGAAAAAAUGACGAUGGACGAUGAUAGCUCCAUAUAUGUAGGGGGUCUUCCCUACGACGCCACCGAAGAAACCAUUCGCACCGUCUUCAAUUUGUAUGGCGCUAUCCUUGAUGUUAAGAUAAUCAACGACCCACGCACCAGGGGCAAGUGCUAUUGUUUUGUUACUUUCACAAAUCCUAGGUCUGCAAUUGAUGCCAUCAACGACAUGAAUGGCAGAACCAUUGACGGCCGUGUGGUUAAAGUUAACGGGGUGAGGACUCGUGGGGGCAGGUCAAAUUUUGGCAGAGAACGUUAUUACUAUCAUAAUGAUGAGAGGAAUGGAGAUUGGGAUCGCAGUAGGGAUCGAGACCGAGAUUAUGAUCAUGAUAGUAAUGAUAGGGAUGGAUAUAGGAAUCGGAGCAGUGAUUGGGGUCGAGACCGUGACAGGUCUCGAGAUCGUGAUCAGGACAGGGAUAGAAGGUUUGAGCAUAUGCAUGAUUAUGAUCAAGCCAGAGAAGCUAUGCUAGAAAAUGACUGGAUCCGAGAGGAUGAUAGAGUUGAAAAUGAACAAGAACAUAGCAGGGGACAUGGUGGAGAUGUUGAUAGAGAUCACAACAUAGAUUUGAAUGUAGACAGGAAAAUGGAUAGGACCAGUGAUCCUGAUAGAAGUUUUGGUGAGGAUAGAAAAGAUCAGUCAAGGAGAAACAAUGACUUGAAUGUUACAAAUCAACAUAUCAUGGAUCUUUCAUCAGAUUCAGCUGGUACUCACAAUGAGCAGUUAGAAGCUCAAUUAGAGAGGUCAACUCAACAGCUUGAUCAACUAAAAAAGGAGGUUUCUCAGAUGGAAGAGGGAUUGGAAGAGAAAAGACUCCAUGUUAAGGAAUUACAAAAGCAAUCUAAGAAACUGGAGGAUGCAGUGAUCAAUGCAAAGAAAAACUCUUCAUAUCGUCAGAUGCAGUUGAUGAAGCUGCAUAAAGGUUUUCUGCAAGUGAAAGAUUGCACAGAAAAACUAAAAACUAGUGAAAAAGAACUUCAGGCUCUAAUUGAUACAGCAAUGUCAGAGAUUGACUGUGAUGGAUUAAAGGAUGGACAACUAACAAAUGGAAGUCUUGAUGGUAGAUUGUAAUAUAUCUUUCGGAGGUUCAGAUUGUGUCAUUGAUGCUUAAAAUGUGUUUAGCACAGAAUACCCUAAUGUUAUAUGGAGAAGAAAAAAAGGCUGGAUAAUUAUUCUCUUUUAUUAUUCCGCUCCAGUCUCUACUAAAUAACAUUAAUAGAGUUUUGUUUAUACUUUUAAGUUGUUGGUAAACUUGGUCAUUGUAACUUCCUUUGUUAUAAAUUUUCACUAGAGAAAACCAGCUGACUUCUUGAACUCCACUCGAUUGAAUUGCAUGACCUGAUGCUUCUUAUCCAAAAAGCUUGGCUUUUGGCAUGAAAAACUGCUAGUUGGUAUAGCACUUGCUACUUGCCAAAUGUUUAUUGCCAUCUGUGCAUGUGCUUCGCUGCUUGGUCAGAGGGAAUUUGGGGGCUCUAAUUGGUUCUGAUGCAUGGCACAGUAUAUAGAGUGAAGAAUGUUUUUUGGUAUAAUGGCAAAUGGCGAUACUAAAGUUUGGACUUCUAUCAUCCUGUAAACUACCGUGUAACCAAUAUGGAUUUUUAUUUUAAGAACUGAAGAACCCUUUGUAUGAAA